AACACCUGAGAUGAUCCAGAUGGGAUGGAGGCUGCCGGUGGGAGAGAGGAUUUGGGAUGAGCCCUUGGCCUGAGCCGUGGCUCUGCCUUGUCUUGCAGCUUCCUCUGCCGAUCCUAAAGAUGUCCUGCUCCAGCCUGUGUGUCCCCAGCUGCGGGGUGGCCACCCCGGCCCCUCUGGCCGACACCUGCAACGAGCCCUGCGUGCGGCAGUGCCCCGACUCCACGGUGGUGAUCCAGCCCCCGGCCUCGGUGGUCACCUUCCCCGGGCCCAUCCUCAGCUCCUUCCCGCAGCAGAGCGCCGUGGGCUCGGCAGGAGCUCCCUACGUCGGAGCCGGCUCCGGUGGCUCCUUUGGAGGCCGUGGUGGCUACGGGGGCUACGGAGGAUUUGGUGGCUACGGUGGAUAUGGAGGAUGGGGUUAUGGAAGCCGUGGGGGCUACGGGGGCUAUGGAGGCUAUGGAGGCUAUGGAGGCUACGGGAGCUGCGGCUACGGGGGCUGGAGCAGUGGCCACCGCUACCUCAAUGGCAACUGUGGGCCCUGCUAAGCCCCAGCGCCAGCGCGGCCUCCGACCAAAGAGAGCUCCAGGAGAAACCCCGGCACAUCCCGACCCGACGCUGUGCGCAAGAAAAGCCCUCGGGCGUGGCAGGGCUCCACACCUCGGGAGCCCCGCGCCAGCUCGGGAAGCACCUCCGCCUCGUCCCUGCCCCGCCUGAGCCUCCCCACGGGGCUCCUGGUGCCCCGGUGCCGGACACUCGCCCGGGGCUGCUGCUCCUGCUCACCCGGGGCCGGGACACCCAGGGGAAGCCCUUGGCCACGGCCCCGCU